AUGCAUAUCCAAUCAGGAACUGACAAUAUCCCGCUCCAGCGAUGCGCCGACCUGGUCAUCAAAAGUGAUACUCCCAAAGGUACCUUAGAGAACUGUAUGACCCGUCUUGUAAACUCCCCAUUCUCACAGUGUGUAGGUCGCGGUGUUUUCGCCUCCGCCCCUAUUGCCGCCGGGACAAUCAUAGAUAUUUGCCCAGUCCUUCUCCUAGGCGUCGAAGAAAAUGAAAACUACAUCCAGAAGUCUUCGUUAUAUCACUAUACCUACAACUGGCCCACCAUAGACGCAAUCGGCAAAAGCAGAACCCUCCAAGCGGUAAUAUUCGGUUUGGGCAGUUUGUUCAACCACUCGACGCAAGAGCAAAAUGUGGGUUGGAUUCGCGAUACAAACCGCCUCAUUAUUACGUACCGAGCAUUGAGAGACAUUAAUGUUGGCGAGGAACUCUGUAUAUCCUAUGGUAGUCGCCUCACAUUCAAAGAUGCAGACGAACCACCACCUGCACCACCAGAAGAAGAGAUGGAGCAACUCCGAAUGAUAGAGCCUUAUUAA